AUGCACAUAGCGGUUGGUGCAGAUGGUGCACAUUCAUUGGUACGACAAACAAUGGGUACGCAAUAUGUAAAAUGGGAUUAUAAUCAACUGGGUAUAGUUGCUACACUUAAAUUAUCAGAGCCUGCAGAAAAUAAUGUUGCAUGGCAAAGGUUCCUACCAACAGGACCUAUAGCACUGCUCCCAUUAACAAAUUGCCUUAGUUCUCUUGUAUGGACAUUACCAACAGAUGAAGCAAAAAGAUUGUUAAAAGUUUCAGAAGAAGAAUUUGUUGAUAAUGUAAAUAAUGCAUUAUGGAAAAUUUAUCCAAAAGAUGGUAUAGUUGAAAGCGGUCUGCGAGCACUUCAACAAUUACUUGAAGGUUUAUCGUUACAAAGUGGUGUAGUGAGACAAUUACAGCCGUCCGUAUCUACUAUUGUCGAAGGAUCUCGCGCAGCUUUUCCUUUACAGUUCGGUCAUUCUGUAUCUUAUGUUCAAAUAGGAACAGUUCUAGUGGGAGAUGCAGCACAUAGAAUUCAUCCAUUAGCUGGUCAAGGUGUUAAUCUAGGUUUUGGAGAUGUAACAGUAUUAGUUCAACUUCUUGCAGAAGCUGUUUCAACUGGAGCUUCACUAGGAGAUAUAACGUAUCUAAGGAAAUAUGAAACAUUAAGACAACGAUACAAUGUUCCAAUAAUGCUUGCUAUUGAUACACUACAUCGAUUAUAUAAAGGAACAGCUGCUCCUAUUAUACUAGCUAGAAGUUUGGGAUUACAAUUGACGAAUGCUAUCCCAUUGAUAAAGAAUGCCCUGAUAGAACAUGCCUCUGGACAAAUGGAAAAUCAAUAA